AUGCCGCCGACCCCCGGCCGGGUGAGGUCACAGGCCCUUAUGAGGUGGGGCAGACGGGUGCGGCCGCAGCGCUGUCUAGUCCGGGCGGAGGUGGCGGCGACCUCAGCCGCUGCCCGGAGCCCCGGAGCCCCUGCAAGGCGGCCGUGGCGGCGGCAUGGGUCCCGCGAUCGCCCAGCGCCGGCUGCUCAGUGGGCGGAGCAUCAGGGCGGUCAGGUGACCCGGGGGCGGGGCCUCGUUGCGCCGGAGCCCGGGAAGGAGGUGGAGCGAGAGCGUCACGCCGAGCGAAGGGCAGAGGGGCUGAAGCACCUGCGUGAGGACCCGCAGACACCUGAGGGAGCGAGGGACAGAUUGGGGAGCCGUAGGGGGCCGACGGUGGGACCUUCAGGGGACAGAGUUAAUGGAAUGAUGGAUUUUUCAGAUUACCUUAAGGCUGUGAAUGAAGUUUGUUAUUUGGUCUCUCAGGAUCCAGCAUUUCAGAAAGCCUUGAAGAUUUUCUGUAGGAUAAAAGGUGGUCGAGUUUCAACUUCUGAAGUGGGUGACGUUUUGGAUAGCAUGGCUAUCCCUGUAAUCCCUGAAACUUUUCAGGAAGUGAUAAAGCAUGCUAGUAUUGACAGUAACCAAAUGGUGGAUAUUGGGGAUAUUAUAUUUACUUUGGCUGAAUUACAGCAACAGUAUGAGGAUGUUUCAAUUAUAAAAGGAACAGCCUUGGAUGAAGCUACUUCAAGAAAGUUAUCACAUGUAUCAGGAUGCUAUCCACAAUAUACGAAGAAAAGCAUUUUAUCUUCCAGACUAUCUGAAUUGCCAUUAUCCCAAAAGUUAAAUACAAAGAGCCUCCAAAAUCAUACAAUUAUGAAGGGGAAUGAUGACCUUGAAUUUAAAAGAUCAAAAAAUAUUUUGCAAAUAAGAAAAUUCCAGGAUGAGGUUGACAGCAGUGAUGUAGAAUUCCAGGAACCAUAUUCAAAGGAUGGCAUAAACUUCAAGAGAAGUUCAGAGAAGGUUGAAAUUCAUGACUCAAAGUCUAAACCACAAAACUUGAAGAGUGUUACAAGCCUCAAAAAGUCCCUGGAUAAAAGUGAUAUUUUUAGUAUCCCAAAACUUCAGAAGCCAGCUGUGAGAAGGCGCACCAGCCUUCUAAAACAUGUUUUAUCUAAGGAAAAAACUGCAAUUAAUGCUCUGGGAAAUGUCUGUGAAGCUAUCAAUAAACUCUGAGAAAAUUACAUUGAUACAGAAGAACCUCAGUCCAUUUUGCAUUCAGUAGGAAUUACUUUAUCAGAUAAAGAGUUCAAGAAGAUUGUGACAGACACUACUAGAAAUGAAAAUGGAAUGGUGAAGUUAGAUGAUGUUGUGCAUGCUCUCUCCAAAGAGCAAAAUCUUCCUGGAUAUGAUGCAUUGACCGAUGUCAUCAAAGCUACUGAUAAAAUUAAAGAUGAAAAUUUUGAUUAUGGGGAUCUGAAUACUUGUCUUCAAAAUUUUGGAGUUUACCUUUCUAAGCCAGAAUUUCAGAAGAUCACAGAGUUGACUGAAGCUGGUGAAGGUGACAAAGUACAAAUUGAAGAAUUUGCAAAAGUGGUAAAGGAUAUGCAUGAUGCCUCCAGGUUAGAAGAGUUACGGGAGAUUGUCUUAGCUGUUGAUUUGCCUGAAGGUGACAUGAUACCUGGGAAGGACUUGGAAGGCUUUCUAAGAGAUAUUGGGAUUAAGUCACCUAAAGAAGAGGUAGAGAAAAUCCUUCAAUCAGAUUUUGUUUCUGGUUUUAGGAAAGAGACUUUGUCUUCAAAUCUGAAAUUACCAAAGGCAGAUGAACAUGGGAAGGUUAAAGUGCAUUCAAUAAUGGAGGGCCUGAAGAAGUUUAAACGAAUGGUGCUUCUACAGAAGUUGAUGAAAAUCACAGAUGAUACUAAAGGACUGACCCAAAAACAUAUCUGCUAAAAAAAAAGAAAAGAAAAGCACAAGGACUCAGAAUCCAUGCCCGUUUGCUUGUCAAGCUCUGUGAGUGGAAAUAAUAAACAACAGGCUGGCCCCAAACUUAAGUCCUAACCCCAAAGCACCUUCCAUCUAUCCAGUGCACCAAGCUGUGGAACCCAGCUUAUGUCCUGGGACCAUCAGCCCUACAGAUAAGUAUCAUACCAGUCCACCAAUUGUAAACUACCUAGGAUAUGCCCACCAGUAAAUUAAGUGAAAUCAGCCCUUCAUCCCAUUUGGUUCUGAAUAGAUGAGUACUGAUGUAGCUAAAUUAUAAUACAUACCUACUUCCCAGGAUAGUUUAGUUCCUUAUGUAUUCUACCCUAUUAAUUUUGAUGAUUUCUGUCACCACUAUUCACUCACAGAUUAUAGAAACCUGAAUUUGGAUGAACUUGUCCCACUUCCCUGUCAGCUACUUUAGG